UGUCAAUUUCCUCAUUGGCUGGCUUUCAAAACGUAAUGAUUGACAGAAUAACUAACUGUGCUGCAAAAAAAAACGGUGCUUUUUUUUUUGCUCUAGAGUAAAUUCUGCCCAGUCUGAACGCAACAAUGGCAAGACGCCAAGUGGCCAAUCAGGAGUUGUCUGAGGUGUUGAAUGAACUGUGGCGUCUGGACGUCAACCGCCUCAAGCCGGGGACUGAUUACAUCAUUGCCCCUCAGGGACGAGCCGGCUACGUGGCUCAGGGCAGCAACUAUGCCAGGGAUCGCGCCCAUGCGCCACUCUUCAAAUAUGUCGAUGAGGACAAACUGAGGAGCAUCGAGACAUAUGCACACUUCAUCAACUUGCUGGACAAUUACGAGAUGUCGACAGGCGUGUCAGAGUCUGUGACCCAUGAGGAGCUUCAGGAGAACCGCAAGUUCCUGGACGCCAUCCUGGACACAGACGUCAUGAAGUGCGCUCACCAGUACCUGGUCAAGAAGAGACAGUCUCCGCCUGAUGUGAUGAGUUUCAAGAAGCAACUCUACAACAUCUGGUUCCGCCUAUACCACCGUGACAGGAGUGGAGGGGCGGACUCAUGCGGCUUCGAGCAUGUGUUCGUGGGCGAGACCAAGCAAGGGCAGGAGAUUACAGGCCUCCACAACUGGGUACAGUUCUACCUACAGGAGAAGCACGGCCACAUUGACUACAAAGGUUACAAAGCACGGGACAAAAAAGACACCCCCGAUGAGGACGACCACGUGCUCAACCUGCAGUUUAGCUGGAAGGGCCUGGUCAAGCCAGUGGGCGGCUCCUUCAUUGGGGUCAGUCCCGAAUUGGAGGUGGCGAUGUUCACCAUUGUUUUCCUAGAGUCUGGAGACAAGACCAGCACGCUGGAGUUGAAGGUGGAUGAAUACGUUUUGGAGCUUGUGGUCCACAGGCACGGCCGCUCCAUCGGGUCAUCUUAUCCAAAACUCCUCAGCAGCAACCACCGGGACUUGUAGCUUGCUACCGGCAUUAAAAUUGAUCGAAAUUCUAUACACAAAAGGGUUUCAAGAGAACAAUAUAUUUAUGAACAUUCCUGCAUAUCUAUUCAAAAUAAAAGACCAUUUUUGCAGUCAUGUUGAAAAUUGAGCUAUUUUACAUUCUAUUCCUGAUUUUUUACAUUACAUCAACAUCACCUAGGUAAUCACAAUUUGUGUAUGUAAUUCAUCAUGUUACAUGAGAUUCCACCACUUGUUCUAGUCGUCACAAUUUUACAGUGACACUCAAGGGAAUGGGACCCCACCCAAAAAAAACCCAGGAAGUAGAAUCACAAGCGCACACAAGAAGAAUUUUAAGAAUUGUAACAUGAUGAAACAAACACUAAUAUAACUAAAAUGACUUACUGGUUCUCUAGUUGUUACACCUCCCUCCACCCAUCAAGUUAAAAAAAGGUACAGAUUAACAUGAUAAAAGGGACAGACAGAAAGAGCAGAGUACAACCAAAUUUUAUUAUGAUUUUCAAGAGGAUCCAAUAAUAAAAUAAACUGUCAUCCAUAAUCCUUGUAAACAAACGUGAGCAUGCUUUUCUUUUAAUUUCCUCAAUACAAUGCUAAGAGCGUAGCAAUGUUCAUGCAUGGUUUUGAUGGUUGCAGCAGACACUUGACAGGCUUAAUUUGUCAAUAUGGCUUCUUCUUGCAUUGUCUACUAAGGUUAAUGGCGCAUUUGGUUAGCGCCUCACAGCAGCAAAGCCCCUUUUCACACCACCUUUUUUAAAUUGUUCUGCAUCAUGGUUAUAAGCGUUCAGAUUCUCUUGUGUGUGAACAACAUGGAUGCAACUCCUACAGUUGGACCUCCUGCAAGGCAAUCAUUUCAGGCUUAACUGUCACGCAAGUGUGAAAAGAAGAUCAAAAAGUCAACAUGAAACCUUGAUGAUGCCGGGACAGACUGAUAUGUAACAGUAUAAGUAAAUAGCCACAUGAUAUUUGCUUGGUAAAAUUAUUUGAAAUUGCAUGCAUGUCAUUAUUGUAUUCCUGAAAUUGUGUAAUAGAAUUAACAGCCAUAUUGUUAGCUUAAUUGCAUAAAGUCAUUUACUGUCACAGUAUCAAUUAAAUAUAUCAACAUGCUGACUAAAAACUCUGCCACUGGACUCAUUUGUGUAGUUUGUUGGGAUAUUUUCUCAUUUUCCAAUAACGGUCAAGAACAACAGAGGCAUCUUUGCUCCAUUAUUAGGCUAAGGAUAUUCCAAAACACAUUUUACUUGC